AUGCACAUUAAAUAUGAUAAAGCGGUGGAGAGUACUAAUGAGAAGAUUGCUUGUAACGUGACUGUUCGAGGUGAUAAGGCAGUGCAGCUACUCGAAAGUGGUUUAAAGGUCAAGGAGUACGAGUUACUCAACAAAAACUUCAGUCACACUGGCUGCUUUGGUUUUGGUAUUCAAGAACACAUCGAUCUUGGAAUUAAGUAUGACUUUUCUACUGGUAUCUACGGUAUGGACUUCUAUGUUGUUCUCGAGCGUCCUGGAUACCGUGUUGGCAGUCACAAAAGGUGUAAGGCUCGAGUUGGAAAUCAGCACAGAGUUAACAAGGACGAUGCCAUGAUGUGGUUCCAAGAGCAAAUAUGA